GUGAGACAUCCUCCGUCUCACCGGCCUCAUCGUGCUCUCACCUGCGCAACAUCCGUGCGGGACCCGACUAUUGGCGCCCUCCGGGACGCCACCGACACUCAGGACCCGACGCAAAGGAGCCCGGCAUAUGGGCCCAAAGCCCCGUGAGGUCCCAGGGAUGGCGUGCAGCGCGUGUUACUACCUGGUUAUCAGUUCAACACACCUGAGCAAUGGACACUUUCGACGCGUAAAGGGGGUCUUCAGAGGACCGCUGUGUCCAACCGCAACCAGUGAUUCACCGGAGCGUGCAGAGAGGGCUUUGGGCUGCUCAGUGGAGGAUCUGAAGGCUCUUUUCUAUUGUGAGCUGUGUCACAAGCAGUACCUCAGACACCAGGAGUUUGACAACCACAUCAACUCCUACGACCAUGCACACAAACAGAGGCUGAAGGAACUCAAGCACAGGGAGUUUGCUCGCAAUGUGGCCUCAAAAUCAUGGAAGGACCAGCGCAAACAGGAGAAGGCUCUCAGACGCCUGCACCAGCUUGCACAGCUGCAACAGGAUACUCAGCGAGUCCCAGGAAGAACUUAUGGACUAAGAAGCGCAGUCAGGGCUGUGAGCCAGCAGCAAGAUAGACACCAAAGAGACCACAGCCCUGAGGACAAACCUAAACUCUUCAACCACACUCAGAGACCCCCUCCUACGCAACCCAGGACAGCUCCUCUCAGCCACCAGCCACAAGAUCCAUGCCAAUUUCCUUCCCAAAUACAGCUGGCCACUGCUCUAGCAGAGUCCCCACUAAUCACACAUCCGGUAUCCAAUACAGACCCUCCUGCAGUGAACCCUCAGUCUUGUCUGGGCUUGUAUCCCCAGCUGCCUCUCCCUGGGCGGGGGAGAGUGGGAGGCAGGCUUGGGGUGUCCUUCUGCUUCUCACGAAGAGGGCCCCGGCUUGAGCCUUCCGCCUCUGUCUUCUCGGACCUAGAGGAGGAGGAGAGAGAGAAGAGGGAACAAAUGAAAGAAAGGAUAAAAGGAAUAAUGGAAGAUAUUGACAGGGAAAUUGGGGCAGCAGAUGAGAGGAAAAACGGCGCAGGUGAAAAUCAUAAGUCCAGCUCUGACAGUGUUGGACCAAGUGACAUGGGGCCAAUCCUCACAGAGACUGCCAAAGAAGAGGAGCAGAUUGAAAAAACAGACAUAUUGAAAGAACCCUCUCCUAUUUCCAAAGCAGCACCUGUUAAUCUGAGCCAAGAUACACUAUUCUUGCCAUCACAGACCCAGGUGACUAUAUGGGGCACAGCACUAGCAGGGGCACACAUGGACACCGAAUACACAGAUAGCGAGACAGAGAGAAAGCGAGAAACAGAAAUAAAGAAAGAAACAGAGGGGGGUAGGGAGGGGAGUCAGUAUAUGUGUGUGCUGGGGAAAGAUGGCUCUACCUAUCUGAGAUGGCCUGUUAAUUUGCUUAAGUUCACCAAGUGUCAACCACACAUCUGCUACAGCUGCAACCCACUCUGCUUGAACUCCCAUCGACCAGAGCAGCUCAUUGAGGAUUUGCAGGAGUCACAAAAAAAUCAGUUGUGUGCUCUCUCAGAUGAAUCAAAUCCACGUGUGCCAGCUAUUCUUACACCAGAAGCUCAUUCCUGUUUACAAAGACAGACAAGACAAGAUCUGAGAGCACACAGACAGGAAAAAGCUGAGGAGAAUUUCAAGGCAGAGCAACAUAUCGAUAUAGAGACAGAAGCACACCUGUUCCUAAAGAACAAAAACCUUUCAUCAUCAGAAACAAGACCAGAAAUAGGAAGAUGCACGCUAAGUAUGGAGAAUUGUGUAAGGGCAGCCUCCCAUCCAUUUGACCCCACUCAUAGUGACAGCUCUGACACAAACUCCCAGAAUCCUCUGGGUGGCAGAUUAGGGGGUGCGAAAGGGAUCAGGGAGAAAGCCACCACAGCCCUGAGCUGUAAAUCAGAGUCUGUCAUCCAGCCUGGCACACAGGGGAUGUGCAUCAGCCCGUCCAGGUGUGAGUGUGGGAGUGAGACAAUGUGCAAGUGUGCCAACGUUCCACAGCCCUAUGUGGGUGUCUCAGAAGUGUCACGCAAAAAGAGGAAAGCCAGCACAAAGAAACACAAGCUGGGAAAGAGGAAGAGGGGCGAGAAGAAAAAAGCUUCAAACAAGCAAAAAUCAGCAAGGUGCAAAGUGAGGAGUGUUGUCUCUACAGUCAACACUGGCAGAGAGAGGAGAGGAGAAGCUGUCGGGAGCUGGGGGAAGAAAAGGAGGCAAAGGGAGAUGGGGGAGACGAGGACGAGGAGGAGGAGGGUGAGGAGAGCAGGGAGCAGCUGUCUCCUGGGGAGAUGUGAGGCUGAGCCAGUAUCUGUCUCUGUCAGGAAGAGGAGGCCUCACAGGAGCCACAGUACUGAAUCCCAGUCACUGCCAGACAGAGAGCAGGCAGAGCACUGCAGUGUCUACUCCCAGCUCACCAGACACACAGCAGACACAGACACCAAGGGGGGGGGUGAGCGAGACGGAGAUGCAGUGACUUUUCCCUGGCGGUCUCACUUCUCCUUACACUCCUUCUCACCAGGAUGCAACUCAAAACUGUUUUGGGAAAGGGGUCACCAUAGCAACCCCAGGAGUUUCAUUGACUGCUGUUACCCUGACAACAGCUGUGGUUGCAGCCUAGCGAGAAAGAGAAAACUCCUCCACAGGGACAGGAAAUUCAUUCAUAGUAAGAGGAAGAGUUUGAGGCAUCGUGAGGUCUGGGAGGAGAUAGAGAGGAGCAGGAAAAUGCGGGAGAGUACAGGUCGCAGAGACAGAGACCUGAUUUCAGAUGCAGAACAGUGGGAGUGGAUGGGAGGUAGAUGUCCUGGAGGUAGUGAGGAAGGCAGGUCAAGGACUGGGUGGAGACUGAGGAACAGAGCAGUGGAGUGGGAUCGGGCGGCAAAGUUUAGCUCCAGCCCUAGCAGCUGGGGCAGGAGAAGCAGACAUCUUAGCACAGAAGAUGUAGACUGGGACAGGAGCAGUGUGGACAGAUGGACAUGGGGUAGCAGCGACAGCUGGGAAGACAGGGGGGGGCACAGAUCCACGUCAGGCUCCAGAACAGGGGCAGACAGCAGAGACAGCCCGGGCAAUGUGUGGAAAUGUGCAGGCAACAGACGCUCAAGCACGAGACGCUUCUCAAGCCCUGAGUGGUGGACAAGUAGGCAGACAUACAGCCCCCAGAGUGUGAUCAACACACGGGCCAGCAGAUGCCACAGCCCACGCUCCUGCAGCCCCUGUAGCAGCUCCUGCAUGUCUGAGCUAAGCUGGAACUGGAGCAGGAGCAGUACCUGCUCGGGAGUCAUAGCGGAUGGGUUGACAGUUGGCUCCUGUAAGACGUUCUCAGGAGCUCCAGGACUUUCAUCCGAGGCCCCUCAGGAGGCAAAGAAACAGUGCAGCCCCACGUCCACUUCAUCCAGCCUUACCCCUAGCUCAUUUUCCCAUUCCUCACCCCACAAAUCCUCUUUAGCUUGUACAGUCCCAGGCUUCAACACGCACCGUUGUGACACAAGUCCUUCUCAGCUAAAUGAGCCCUAUUCACAGUCUGACCUUGGCCCUGGACCCUCUGCCCCUGUAACAACAAGCAGGUCAGACACAACUCUUCCAGGACUAUCCUCCAAUAAGGCUCUGCCACUGAAAACAGGCAGGGUGUUGCUUCUCCCUCUCAUAGGGAAACUACCUGCAAUCCAGAGAAAGGCUAGGAGGAAAAAAAGGCUGCUGGAGAAGAGUCGAGAAAAGGAGGGAGAGGAGGAAGAGGAGGCUAAAGGCAGUGGACUGCAUCCUGGAACUGUCAUCAACAGUCACAAAUGUCCUCUGGACAUGGCUGAGUCAAACUCCAGCAGCAUGCCAAAUCUCUGUCGGUCGCAGAUUAGGACUGAUGACAAACAGACAGGUGGAGAGACAGCUCCGUCAAUCAGCUUUACUGCUGAGGAGAUGGACAAAUAUCGCCUCCUGCAAGAGCAGGCGAGAGAGCACAUGCAGAAAGUCCUGGAACAGGCACAAGAGAGUGCAGAUACACACACAGAGACAAACUACACACACACAGCACGGACGGAGAAUGGUAGGACUUCAGAGGAACAAUACACACCUGCACCCUUGCAUAAUCCACAGCCUCAAACCCAGUCAAUUCACACGGACACGAUGCAAACACAAGCACAGCACGCCCUCCAGCUCAGUCUCCCACUUCCACAUGUGGCACCACAAGAGAACUUUACUCAACCCAUGGCUCUGGGAGUCCCCAACCUCCCCACUCUUCCACCAUCAAGCCCUCUCUCCAGCCUCCAUCAUAUCAUUUUACAGCACACAGCCCUCUCAAUGUCCCCCUCCUCCUCCUCCUCAUCCACCUCAUCCCCUUCUCCUGCCAUCCAUCCACACCCAGCUCAGCUCCCUCACCCCCUUCCCCCUCUCCACCCCUCCCUCCCUCACCACCUACACCUCUCUCCCUUCUCCAUAUCCUCCCUGUUUCCCUCCAUCCUCCUGUCCCACCAUCCCAUCCCUCUCUUCCCCCAGUCCCCCGCUUUUCACACGGCCCCACUCGCUUCGCUCUCUCCAGUAGCCCUGCAACACUUGAACCCACAGUCUUUCAUGGACAGAGCGUGGCCAGUGAGGUUUCAACAGAAGGCGUUGUGAUUUUCACAGAGUGGCUGCCAUGUUUAUUAAUCUUCUUUGGCAACACAGACUAUUGGGGGGUGGAGGGCGGUAUUAGGUUUGGACAAAAGCCUGGUAUUUGAAAUGGGGAUGUGUCAGUGCUUUUACCAGCACCAAGUCUUAUUCACAUAUACCUUCACACGCACACACGCAUGGAUACACGCAAACAGCCCAACUACUGACUGUUUUCAAAUGAAAAAGAGUUUUUCCAUCUAGCCUCUGCUAUGUUGCAGCAGACAGAGAGAAAACAGACUUUGAUCCUUUGCUUUUCCCGUCAUUCCUCAUUCAGGCCCAGAAUAAAGGGAAAGGUGCACCUGCUAUUCAAAGACAAGCUGGGCUUGUGUCAUCCUCUCUCUUUCCUUCUGAACCACAGACAGACCAGCUGCCUUUUGAAGUAUCCUUCAUGCCAGUGACAGAGGUGCAAGAGAAAGUGAUAAUACUCUCCCCUUAUCUCCAUUUCAUACAAGUUAUCUGAGUUAGAGAGUGGCUUUCAACAAACAUAAAUAACGUUCCAGGAACUGAGGGUGGCAUAGCACAGUCAUUUUAACCUUGGUGUAUACUGUAUUUGCGUGUGUAAUAUAGAGGUAAUUCACACACACACAGUAGUGAGGAGAACAACUGCUUUUCAUAUCUGACACGUGUAAAGACUUGUUUUGUCUCUAUAGUGUAAAUAUUCUGACAGUGAGUGGUCAAAUUAGAACCAUGGAAAACAAUAAAAUAAAAGGUGAAUUUAACCUUGACCAGUAGUACAGUGAUUAUUCCCUCAAUGGCUUCAUUCAUACAAACACUUAAAAGAACUUUUCAUAUUCAUAUGUAACAUGUAACAUUUCAUUUCCACAAGGCACUUAACAAAACAGUUGUUGAGACAGCAAUGAAUGAAUCUGUUACAUUAAAACUUGGG